AUGUCAGAAGAGCUGAAAGAUGCUUCUGUACAGCUCCCGCGAGCCAUGAUGUGGGCGACAGUGCUCAACGGCGUGCUUGGCAUAACCAUGCUCAUCACCUUUUGCUUCUGUAUCCACGACAUCACCGAGAUCACUGGCGAUGAUGUUGGAGACUUUCCCAUCAUCGCAGUCAUACAGCGAGCAACUGGUUCGCACGCGGCCACUAUAGUGCUUGGAACGCUCCUCAUCGUGCUCUUAUUCUUCUCGACAGUGACCACUGUUGCCAGUGCAUCUCGUCAGAUUUGGGCAUUCAGUCGCGACCAGGGCUUCCCAUUCUCCGACUGGAUCCGGAGGAUUGCGCCAAAGUAUGAGAUUCCUGUGAACGCUGUUCUCGUCGCCAUGGGAGUAUCACUCGUCGUCUCCGUGAUCAACUUUGGCUCGGAUAAGGCCUUUUCGGCUGUCGUCGGUGUCUCGAAUGCAGCUCUUGGAUUCUCCUACAUCAUAUCCAUUGGCUGCAUAGCACUGAAGAGACUGCGAGGACAGCCAUUGCUUCCAGCCCGAUGGUCGCUAGGCCGCUGGGGUGGCUUGAUCAAUGGCAUCUCUCUCGCCUUCCUCGCGGUGAUCUUCCUGUUCUCUUUCUUUCCGACGAGUCCGUUGGCAGGCAGCCCAGAUUGGGCGGCAAACUUCAACUGGGCCAUCGUCAUCUUCUCGGCGACGUGCCUGCUCGCGUUGGCCUACUACGUCUUCGGUGGCAGUCGCAAGUACGUGGCACCAGUGAGCCUGGUCAAAGAAGAGUGA